AUGGAGGCAGCUCACACAAAAACGACGGAGGAGGUCCUCAAGUACUUCGGUGUUGACGAAGAGGUUGGCUUGACCGACGAACAGAUUAGGAGAGCAAAGGAGAAAUAUGGACCUAACGAAUUGCCUGCUGAAGAAGGAAAACCACUGUGGGAGCUCAUUGUAGAACAGUUUGAUGACCUCCUUGUAAAGAUCCUGUUACUUGCAGCUGUAAUUUCAUUUAUCCUGGCAUGGUUUGAAGAAUCUGAUGAUCAAAUUACUGCCUUUGUGGAACCAUUUGUAAUCCUUCUUAUCUUGUUUGCCAAUGCUACAGUUGGUGUAUGGCAGGAAAGAAAUGCAGAAAGUGCAAUUGAAGCAUUAAAAGAAUAUGAGCCAGAAAUAGCUAAAGUUGUCAGAAAGCAUAACAAAGGAGUACAAAGAAUACGAGCUAGUGAACUAGUACCAGGAGAUGUAGUAGAAGUAUCUGUUGGUGAUAAGGUUCCAGCAGAUAUUCGUAUUAUCAGGAUCCAUUCCACAACCAUAAGAGUAGAUCAGUCUAUCCUUACUGGUGAAAGUGUGAGCAUCAUAAAGCACACUGAACCCAUCCCAGAUGAAAGAGCUGUCAAUCAGGACAAGAAGAACAUUCUCUUCUCUGGCACCAAUAUUGCCUCUGGAAAGUGCAGAGGUAUUGUCUUUGGAACCGGAUUAACUACUGAAAUUGGUAAAAUCAGAAAUGAAAUGAUGGACACAGAAACAGAGAAGACACCACUGCAGCAGAAGUUGGAUGAAUUUGGAGAACAGUUGUCAAAGGUGAUCUCUAUUAUCUGUGUAGCUGUAUGGGCCAUCAACAUCGGUCACUUCAAUGACCCAGCUCAUGGAGGCUCCUGGCUCAAGGGAGCUAUCUACUAUUUCAAGAUUGCAGUAGCUUUGGCUGUGGCAGCUAUACCUGAGGGCCUUCCAGCUGUUAUCACUACAUGUCUGGCUUUAGGUACAAGGCGUAUGGCCAAGAAGAAUGCUAUUGUGAGAAGCCUGCCCUCUGUGGAGACCCUGGGCUGUACCUCAGUGAUCUGCUCUGAUAAGACUGGUACCCUCACCACCAACCAGAUGUCUGUCUGCAAAAUGUUCAUUUUUGACAAGGCUGAUGCUUCAGAAAUUUCAACAACCCACUUUGAAAUCAGUGGCUCCACAUAUGAACCAGUAGGAGAAGUGUACUUAGACAACCGUCCUGUACACUGUGCAGACUACCCAGCCUUGCAGGAGAUGGCCACCAUCUGUUCUCUGUGCAAUGACUCCUCAAUUGAUUACAAUGAAACUAAACAAGUGUAUGAGAAGGUUGGUGAAGCCACAGAGACUGCCCUCAGUGUUCUGGUGGAGAAGAUGAACGUGUACGGCACCAACAAAGCUGGUCUCUCCAAGAAGGAGGCUGGAAUGGCAUGCAACCACGUCAUCCAGAAUGAAUGGAAGAAAGAGUUUACUCUGGAAUUCUCACGUGAUCGUAAGUCCAUGAGUGCCUACUGCUUCCCCAAUAAACCCACUAGACAGCAGGAUGGAGCCAAGAUGUUUGUCAAGGGUGCCCCGGAAGGAAUUCUGGAGCGCUGCGAGUAUGCUCGCGUUGGCUCAGAGAAGGUUCCAAUGACUCCAGCUAUCAAAGCAGAGAUCAUGAAACACUGCAAGACCUAUGGCACAGGCCGUGACACCCUGCGUUGCCUUGCUCUGGCCACCAUUGAUAACCCACCACGCAAGGAGAGCAUGGACCUGGAGGACUCCAGGAAAUUCAUUCAGUAUGAGACUAACAUCACAUUUGUGGGCAUUGUUGGUAUGUUGGAUCCCCCAAGGAAGGAGGUUGUGGAUGCCAUCAAGAAGUGCAGAAUGGCUGGUAUCCGUGUCAUUGUCAUCACUGGUGACAACAAGGCCACAGCAGAAGCUAUUUGCCGUCGUAUCUGCGUGUUUGGAGAGAACGAGUCCACAGAAGGCAUGUCAUUCACUGGGCGUGAGUUUGAUGACAUGAGUCCAGAGGAGCAGCGGGAGGCGGUGUUGAGGAGCAGGUUGUUUGCCAGGGUGGAGCCAGCACACAAGAGUAAGAUUGUGGAGUACUUGCAGGCAGAGGGAGAAAUCUCAGCCAUGACAGGUGAUGGUGUGAAUGAUGCCCCAGCUCUGAAGAAGGCAGAGAUUGGUAUUGCCAUGGGCUCCGGAACUGCUGUAGCCAAGUCUGCCUCAGAGAUGGUCCUUGCUGACGAUAACUUCUCCACCAUUGUGGCUGCUGUGGAAGAGGGACGUGCCAUCUACAACAACAUGAAACAGUUCAUUCGUUACCUCAUCUCCUCAAACAUCGGUGAAGUGGUCAGCAUCUUCCUGACUGCUGCUCUCGGCAUGCCUGAAGCUCUGAUCCCAGUCCAACUGCUGUGGGUCAACCUGGUCACUGACGGUCUCCCGGCCACUGCCCUGGGCUUCAACCCCCCAGACUUGGACAUCAUGAACAAAGCGCCAAGAAAUCCCAAGGAAGGACUCAUCACCAAGUGGUUAUUCUUUAGAUACAUGGCCAUUGGAAUUUAUGUGGGUGCUGCCACUGUUGGAGCAUCAGCAUGGUGGUUCAUGGUGUAUGACAAGGGUCCUCGUCUCAACUACUAUCAACUGACCCACCAUAUGCAAUGUCCAGCAGAACCAAAGAACUUUGUAGGCAUUGACUGUGAGGUGUUUGAGGACCCCCAUCCUAAUGCUAUGGCACUCUCUGUGCUGGUCACCAUUGAAAUGUUAAAUGCUUUCAACAGCCUAAGUGAGAACCAGUCACUGAUGUUGAUGCCCCCAUGGUGUAACAUGUGGCUGAUGGGAGCCAUUCUUUUAUCUAUGUCUCUCCACUUUGUAAUCUUGGAGGUAGACUUCUUAGCGACCGUUUUCCAAAUCACCCCUCUGACGGUGGAAGAAUGGAUGGCUGUACUGAAGAUAUCAAUCCCAGUUAUUAUAUUGGACGAAACUCUUAAAUUUGUCGCCCGUCGCUUCACUGAUGCUGGCAAAGAGGAUGUAAUCAUAACCAAACCUGUCCCCAGUCAUAUAGCAGGCAAGAAACACCACUGAGUCCCUAUUGAAGUCAACUUUGAAAACACUGCACCACCUCCCAUGAAGAAGAGAUUGUAGUCUAGAGCCAUAUCAACGUACAGAGAGAGAAAAAAGGAGAGGGAUUGGCCAAUUUGAGUCAAGACAUCUUUAGUUGUGGCCCAGUUUGAGUGAUUAUAAUCUCAUCUGCAUUUAUAGUAAACUACAAACUUUGAAGUAUAGAGAAAAUUAACAGUGCUACCUCCUCACAGAGCCUACUGCUUCACAUUUCCUAACGUGGUCACAUUAUACUUUAUGCCACCUAUCUUUUUGUUCAUAUUUAAACUGAAUGAUGAAAAAACUUAAUUUGUAAUGCUCUGGGGGAGUGUUCUCAUUACCCUUGAUUAAUUCUGCUUAUACUUGAAGCACUGGUGUGAACUACAAUAACCUGAGCAGCAUUUAUUAUUGAUGAAACAAAUUUCAGUACAAAAAGUAUUUUUGGAUGUGGACUUUGUAGCGUAUAACGAUAUGCAGCCAUCAUGGCUUAAUUACCAGUAUUUUGAUAAGCUCUUUGAUCUUUAUACUCUUCUAGAUUGGAAGAUUUGUCUGUUGUACAAGACAUCACUUUGCUAGGAUUGUGUUGAACUGUGUCUGCAGUGCACAGUUGGCCAAGUUGAUAUCUAUGCAUAUGUACAUUUGCAAGGUGCUAUAUCACUGAUCACUUUGACUGCUAGGUGCCCUUUAGUUUGAAUAGGACAGAAUUAUCAGUGCUUCAUUUUUUUUUUCAAAACACUUUUAUUGUUUCUUUUAUGUGGUGAUUUUUAUAUAGUAAGAUUUAUUUAAGGUGAUCUUUAAAUUGAAUAUUAUGUCACAGCUCCAACAGAAAGUGAGCAACCAGUCACAACUAAUGUAAUUGAUUGCACUUAGGACAACUAACACAAUCAUUUUUGACACUUUCUUUUUUAGCAAUACCAAAUAGUUUUUUAAUUGCAUCACAUGUAAUCAAUUGCACCUUGGUGGUAAUGUAAAAACCCUGCCAUAGUGUGACUUAAUUUAAGCCAUUUAGUUAAGAAAGUAGUCUAUUUUAUUCCAAGAUUUUUGCUUGAAUGUGCAAUAUCACCAGUUGAAAACAUGCUACUUUCUAGAAGCCACAGGUUGUUAAAAAAUUCUCUUAUUAAUGCUUUGAAGUAAUUGAAAGGAAAAAAGAACAAUUCCCAGGUAGGCAUGUAAAUAUUUGGAUGACUUCUAGAGGCUGUUUCUUUAUUUGAUUUUGCUUUUAGUUGAUUUUAUACAGUUGUUAAAAACUGGAAUUAAAAUGAUCUGUUAGGCAGAAGGUGUUGCGUUUUUGUAUUUAAUUGGUUAUAAGCACUAACAGGAGAGCUCAUUUUAAAGUUAGUGUGAUAUUUAUCUUAUGCAAUUAUUUAUAGCUGUCUCUCAAGUUUUGUAGAAAUCUGUUGAUAUUCUGUUUCCCAUAAACUGAACAGUCUGAUGAUAGUGCAUGAAUUUUAUGGUUGUGAAAACUAUAAACCCUUAAAAGAGAAGCAGGCAAGAGCCAGUUGAUCGAUAUAUAUAAUUACUGUUUGAGAUUGAUGAACAUGACUACAUUGUUCAGUAGAUAAACACUGUAUAGCUGAUACUCUAUCAUUUACACAGAUGAAGACAAGGGAUAACUAGAAGGCAGAGUUUGGACACAACCUUUUUUCUUUUGAUUUUAGACAAAUUACAUAAUCCUUGAGGGGAGAAAGAUGUAUUGGUCAAGAUAAUUUGCAUUAUAUACUGUGUACAUUGGGAGUUCUUACACAAGUAUUCAUACUUUAUUUGUUCAAGAAGGUGGUUGUAUAGUUACUAUACUCUUUUUUGACCAAAGUCAUCCUUUCUGUACAGUUUGCAUCUGUUUUGAAAAGUAAGGCUGUACCUUUGGUUGAACAGCAUUAAAACCGAGAAAUUAUGAAAAAAAUCAUAUAUCUAAUAUGGGCACAAGUAGACUCUGUUACACCAAGCUGUUCACUCCGGGUACACAGCGUACUUCUCAAAUAACAUACAGUAGGAGAAUAUUAAAACCAUUGUAAGUAAGAUUUGUUUGAAGAUUUUGUAAUUACAUUUCUUUAUCCCAAAGCACAAACUGUCGGAAUGUUCUCGUGUUGACGUAGUAGCGAUUUCUGCCAUUUGGCCAGCCCCGAGUGAUUCCUACCUCAUCAGUGCAGUAUGAUUGGAUGUACGGAAUCAGCCGAGGUGAACCGAAUGGAUUUCUGCGUGGUGUGUGGUCUCUGAUUGGUUACUGCACUGUAGACUAGGCAGGAAGGUGUUUUUUGAUUGGUUACUGCACAUAUUAAUCACCUCUUUUACACGAGUGUCCUAGUUUUUGGACAGUUCAAUGUGAUAACACUGAAAUGUAAUAUUUUUCUCAUCAACAUGGUCAUGUCUUUGUACACUAAUGUCUUGUAGAAUUAGUGAAAUGAAAAUAAAAAAUAGAUGUUUUCCACAA